CGGCAGAAUCACAGGGUUUUGGUCAACAAAUAUUAGCCUCAUUAAUAUCAUUUCAUACACUAAAUAUAUCUCAAACUUUGAUUAUAGUUGAAUUUCCCAUAUCUUCAAUUUUUUUUACCCGCCCAAUACCCGGAACCAGAAACCAUGGCUAAUAGAGGCCUCAAAAUUUGCUUGGCUGUGUCUCUACUCUUCUUGGUCAUCGUUACAAUUAUGAUUGUGACUUUAUUUAUGACCAUCUUUAAGCCCAAAAAUCCUGAAAUCACUGUCCACCCUGUUGGUCUAGAAGACUUUCAAUUUUCCCUUUCACCCAAUUUGACCAUAAAUGUGACUCUAGGCAUGAUAAUUACUAUAAGGAAUCCAAACUAUGGAAGCUUCGAGUACAAAAACUCCACUGGUUAUGUGAAUUUUCAUGAUACCGUGGUAGCCGAAGUUCCAAUAGAAGCAGAGUUAGUUCCAGCACGUGGCCAGAUUAAUGUGAACACUUCAGCAGAUUUUAUGGUAGAAAAGUUAAUCAAUGAUCCUAAUUUUUUGUCAGAUGUUCUAGGUGGAACUUUGAAUUUCACAUCAACAACUGCACUUCCUGGGAAAGCCCGUAUGUUCAACAUUAUCAAAUUGAAGGCCACGUCUUAUAGCUCAUGUGACAUCUCUGUUAAUAUAAGCUCUAGGAAAGUUGAUACCAAUUGCAAUUACAAAAUCAAGCUUUAAUUGUUUCGAGCCAGGAUUUUCAGCACAUGUACUAGUAGCCUUAUUAUUCUUUUUAAUUGAUUGAUAACUGGUGUUUUGUUUAUGUUGUUGCUAUGUUUACAGGAAGUAUAUUUCUAUUGGAGUAUAUAUAUGUCUUCUUUGGCAUUAAAGAAUAUGGCAGUAUCUUGUACAAGUAGUGAAAAAUUUACAGUUUCAAGAGAUGUUUUUUUUGUGGAUAUUUUAAA